AUGUAUCUCUAUAAUCUUACGCUCCAACGGGCGACGGGCAUAAGUCACGUCAUAUUCGGCAACUUCUCAGGGACGAAGGAGCAGGAAAUAGUGGUCGCGAGAGGGAAGAUUCUCGAGCUAUUACGGCCAGAUGCCGCGGGAAAACUGCAGAGCCUGUACGCGGUGGAAGUAUUUGGCGAGAUUCGCUCGCUCGUCCAAUUCCGGCUCACCGGCUCCUCUAAGGACCUCAUUGUCGUGGGAUCAGAUUCUGGCCGAAUUGUUAUAUUGGAGUACAACCGAGAGAAGAAUCUCUUCGAUAAGAUACACCAGGAGACCUAUGGCAAGUCGGGAUGUCGCCGGAUCGUCCCUGGUCAAUUCCUGGCCGUGGAUCCGAAAGGACGAGCGGUCAUGAUCGCAGCCUGCGAGAAGCAGAAGUUCGUGUACGUUCUGAACCGCGACAGCUCGGCGCGCCUCACGAUCUCAUCCCCGUUAGAAGCGCACAAAUCGCAAACCCUAGUCUUCUCCGUCGUGGGCGUGGACUGCGGAUUCGACAACCCCAUUUUCGCCGCCAUAGAGCUCGAUUACGCCGAUGCCGAUCAGGACCCGUCAGGCCAAGCAGCAGCCGACGCGCAGAAGCAGCUGACCUUCUACGAGCUUGAUCUGGGCCUGAACCACGUCGUGCGGAAAUGGGCCGAGCCGGUCGACAACGGCGCGAAUCUCCUCGUUGCGGUCCCGGGCGGCGCGGAUGGGCCGUCUGGCGUGCUGGUGUGCGCCGAGAAUUUCGUGAUCUACAAGAACCAGGGCCACCCGGACGUGCGCGCCGUCAUUCCGCGCCGCGCCGACCUCCCCGCGGAGCGCGGCGUGCUGAUCGUCGCGGCCGCGACGCACAAGCAGAAAUCGAUGUACUUUUUCCUCCUCCAGUCCGAAUACGGCGACGUGUUUAGGGUUACCCUAGAGCACGACCCCAAGGACACGGACCGCGUGACGGAGCUGAAGAUUAAGUACUUCGACACGAUCCCCGUGGGCGCGGGGCUGUGCGUGCUGCGCGCGGGGUUCCUGUUCGCGGCGUCGGAGUUCGGCAACCACGCGCUGUACCGCUUCCAGGGCAUCGGAGACGACGAGGAGGUGGAGUCCAGCUCCGCCACGCUCAUGGAGACAGACGAGGGGUUUCAGCCCGUCUUCUUCCACCCGCGCCGCCUCAAGAACCUGGUUCAGAUCGACGAGGUGGAGUCGCUGAUGCCUCUGCUCGACCUCAAGGUCUCCAACCUCUUCGACGAGGAGACCCCGCAGGUCUUCGCGCUCUGCGGCCGCGGCCCGCGCUCGUCCCUGCGCAUUCUCCGCCCGGGGCUGGCCGUGACGGAGAUGGCGGUAACGCAGUUACCAGGCGUGCCGAGUGCGGUGUGGACGGUGCGCAAGAGUGCGCAGGACGAGUUCGACGCGUACAUUGUGGUGUCUUUCGUCAACGCCACCCUCGUGCUCAGCAUUGGCGAUACAGUCGAGGAAGUUAGUGACAGCGGGUUCCUGGACACCACGCCCUCACUCGCCGUUUCCCUGCUGGGGGAGGAUUCGCUUAUGCAGGUGCACCCAAGCGGCAUUAGGCACAUCAGGGCGGACGGGCGUAUCAACGAGUGGAAGACGCCCGGCAAGAAGAGCAUCGUCAAAGUCGGCUGCAACCGCUUCCAGGUGGUAAUCGCCCUGUCAGGCGGCGAGUUGGUGCAUUUCGAGAUGGACGUGAGGGGGCAGAUGGUGGAGAUGGGCAAGAAGGACAUGCCGGGGGACGUUGCCUGCCUUGACGUCGCCCCCAUCCCCGAGGGCCGCCAGCGGGCGCGCUUCCUGGCCGUCGGAUCGUACGACUCGACCGUUCGGAUCCUCUCGCUCGAUCCUGAUGAAAACAUGCAGGUGCUGAGUGUUCAGGCAGUGUCAGCCCCACCAGAGUCCCUUCUCUUCCUCGACGUCCCCACCGGGCCCGGCACGGACGGCCCCUCCUCCACCGCAGCCUCCUCCUCCGCUGCUGCCGCCCACGUGCCGUCCAGCCUCUUCCUUAACGCCGGCCUGCAGAACGGUGUGUUGCUUCGCACAGAAGUGGAUAAAAAUUCCGGGCAGCUUUCCGAUUCGCGCACGCGCUUCCUCGGGCUGCGCGCGCCGAAACUUUUCGGUGCCCAGCUGAGGGAGCGGCGCGCCAUGCUGUGCCUCUCCAGCCGCCCCUGGCUUGGGUACUCGCUUCUGGGAAGCUUCCAUUUAACGCCUUUGUCCUAUGAGGCUUUAGAGUAUGCUGCUCCGUUUGCGUCGGAUCAGUGCCCAGAGGGUAUUGUGGCGGUGGCGGGCGAAACGCUGCGGGUUUUCACGGUGGAGAGGCUUGGAGAGGUUUUCAACCAGACGGUUAUUCCGCUAAGGUACACCCCGCGCAAGGCAGUGCUGCAUCCGCGUUAUAAGAACAUUGUGACGAUCGAGAGCGACCAGGGCGCGUUCUCGGCGGAAGAGAGGGAGGAGCUGCGGAAGGAAGCGAUUGAAGUGACGGGUGCUGCAGAGCGGAUGGAGGAGGAGAGGCGCGAGAGGAAAGAGGCUGCAAGAGCAGCGAGAGGGGCCCGAGGGGAAGACGGAGAGGAGGGGAUGGAAGAGGAGGAGGAAGAGGAGGAAGAGGAGGAGGACGAGAAAGCCAAAGACCCGCUACCGGACGAGCAAUUCGGGUACCCGAAAACGGUCCCGUCGAAAUGGGCGUCGUGCAUCCGGGUGAUAAACCCCAAGGCAGGCGAGACAACGUGCCUCAUGGAACUCUCAGACAGCGAGGCUGCCUUCUCGCUCUGCACGGUCAACUUCCAUGCUGAUAAAACCGAGGGCGGGGCAGCAGCCGGGCAGUACCUGGUGGUCGGCACCGCGAAAUCCCUCCAGUUCUGGCCCAAGUGGAACCUUCUGGGAGGGUUCCUCCAUGUGUAUAAGUUCAAGGGGGAGGACGGGAGGGAGUUGGAGUUGGUGCAUAAGACGGCGGUGGAAGGGGGGGUGCCCACUGCCCUGUGUGCGUUCCAUGGAAGGCUUUUGGUGGGGGUGGGGAAUGUGCUGCGGAUAUAUGACCUUGGGAAGAAGAAGCUGCUGAGAAAGUGCGAGAACAAGCAGUUCCCGCAUGCGAUCGUGAGCAUCCACGCGUGCGGCGAUCGCAUCUACGUGGGCGACGUGCAGGAGUCGUUCCACUACGUGCAGCACAGCCGGCAGGAGAACCAGCUGUACGUCUUUGCAGACGACAUCACCCCGCGCUGGCUGACCUCCGCCCUGCGCAUUGACUUUGACACGAUGGCGGGCGGGGACAAGUUUGGCAACGUGUGUCUCGUGCGCCUGCCGGGGGAGAUCUCCGAGGAGAUUGAGGAGGAUCAGACAGGCGGGCGUGUCAAGUGGGACGCCGUGGGAGGGGGGCGACUCAACGGGGCGCCUAAUAAGCUUGAGCAGGUGAUUCAGUUCCACGUGGGGGACAUUGUCACUGCCAUGCAGAAGACGUCCCUCAUUCCAGGCGGCAGCGAGUGCGUCAUCUACAGCACGAUGCUGGGGGGGGUGGAGGCGCUGCUGCCCUUUGUCUCACGGGAGGACGUGGAUUUCUUCUCGCACCUCGAGAUGCACCUGCGCCAGGAGCACCCUCCCCUCGCCGGCCGCGAGCACGUCGCCUACCGAUCCGCCUACUUCCCUGUCAAGCUGCUCGUGAGCGCGUUCAAGGAAAAGAUAUCCACGCAGGUGCAGGUUCCAGCUGGCAGCCAGCGAUUGGUCUUCCGAGGGAAGGUUCUCAAGGACGAUCAGACCCUCGCAUCCUACGGCAUCAGUGCGGGCCACGUGGUGCACCUGGUCUCGCGCCUCACGGGGGACUCCUCCCCUUCUUCCGCGCAUGGCGCGCGCGCGGGCGCGGAGGGGGAGGGGAUUCGCGGAAGGGCAAGGCUGUUGCGCGGGGGACAGGGGAGGGGCGGAGCAGGGGGAGAGAGGGGCAGCGGCGGCGGUAUGGGCGGGAUACGCAUCGUUCCGGGGGGAGGCUUUGGGGGAGGCUUGGGUCAUGAGCAGAUUGGCGGCCUGCCUGCCUCUGGAACCGUUCAUCUGGGCACGUUCAACCUUCAAUCGGACGGCUCUCAGGGCCUUCCGGACUUGAACCAUAUCGUGUCGGGUGUACUUUCAUCCAUUGGCCUCGGGGCCUUGGGGCUGGGGGGCAUGGGGGACGGCAUGGGGGGAGGCAUGGGGGGAGGCAUGGGGGGAGGCAUGGGGGGAGCUUUGGGGGGAGGCUUGGGGGGAGGGGAAGCAGGGGGUGGGCGAAUGAGAGCCGCUCAGGCUCUCAGACGCCCCUCCCCUGCACCAGACGGUAACACUGCCCAGGACACUCAGACCAGCAAUGCUGCUGCUGCUGCGGAUGGAGGCGCAGGCAGGGAUGGGGGAGGAAGGGCGGAACAAGAACAAGCAGGGGAGCAGAGAGCAGGGACGGAGCGAGGUGGGAGUGAAGCUGGGGAACGGAGGGAGGGGGCGGAAGGGGCAGAGGGUAGAGGGAGCGGGGUGCCAGAGGUACAGAUUCACAUGGACACGUGGCUGCCUGUGGGUGGCUUUGACAUGCCCGUGGGCAUGGCAGGGCCAGGCAUGGGUAUGGGAGGACCAGGCAUGGGAGGUGUGCGAACAGGCAUGGGAGCAGGCAUGGGCAUGCCAUCAGUGAUGGGCAUGGCAGCGCCAGGUGGCGUGGCUGUGCCGGUGGGCAUUCCCCUGGGCGGCUUCCCCAUCCCCGUGGGCGGCAGCAUGGGUGUGGGCGGCAGCAUGGGUGUUGCUGGCCUGCCUCUCAUGAUGGCUCUUGGCGGCAUGGGACCAGGGGGGAUGGGGGGCCUGGGGCACCAUGGGGAGGAGCAGGAGGAGCGAGGUGCACGGCAGCAGCAGCAUCAGCAGCAGCAAGGAGCGAGGCACGCAGGGCGAAGGGACGCCCUUUCCACGGUGGACGAGUAUAUAUCACGCGUGGAGGGUCAGCUGAGGCCGUCAGAUCAGCUGGAGCACUUGCCGCCUGUGGGUGCUGCUGCUGUGACUGCCUCAGGAGCAACAGCCACAGCAGCAGGACGAGGGGCAGCAGGAGGAACAGGAGGAGGAGCAGCAGCAGGGGCGCGAGCAGGAGCAGGAGAGGCAGGAGAAGCAGCAGCAGCAGAGGCGGCGAUGAGAGAGGCAGUGGAGGGCACGGUGCGGUGUGUGUCCCUCAUGGCGCCCUUGCUGCUCGAACUUUCCCACCUCUGCCGCGCCCUCCACUGGCCUGCCCCUGCUCGCCCUCCUUCCUAUGGCCAGCAGCAGGGGCAACAGGAGCCACAAGGACAGGCUGGGGGGCAGCAGGAGCAGCAGCAGGGGCAGGGGCAGCAGGGGCAGGGGCAGCAGCAGGGGCAGCAGCAGGGGCAGGCGGGGUCACUGGUGGAGCAGGUGAGGGCAGCAGCACGGCUGUUCCACAUGCAGCAGGUUCUGGCUGAAUACAACUCCCACAUGCAGGGCCGCGGGCAGAGAGCGCAGAGGGAGCAGCAGCCGCAGGGGCAGCAGGGGCAGGAGGUGCAGGGGCGGCGGGCAGAUUACGAAUCUGAGAUGCAGGAGAGGCGAGAGCGGCAGGAGGGGCAGGGUGCGGGGAGGGAGGAGAGAGGGCAGCAGGAAGCGCAGGUACAGGAACUGCAGCAACGGGAGGAGCAGCAAGAGCAAUCGCCACAACAGCAGCAGCAGCAGCAGCAGCAGCAGCAGCAGCAGCAGCAGCAGCAGCAGCAGCAGCAGCAGCAGCAGCAGCAGGAGCAGCAGGAGCAGGCAUGGUUUGCAGGGCAGCAGCCGCUGCUACAGUUCCCUGCGACUGUAGCACUGGUGGGCGGGUCUGGCCCGCAGGGGGGGUGGCUGCACAGGCAGGGGGGGUGGCUGCACAGGCAGGGGGGAUGGGCAUACCUGCCGGGGGGGGUGGGGGUGCAAGCAGGGGGGCUUGAGGCGCUGCUGGGAGGGCUGGGAGGCUUGGGUGGUGUGCUGGCAGGCUUAGGGAGGCUAGCAGGCGAGGGAGACGGGGAAAGGUCAGUGGAUGCUGGGGGGCAGGGAGGGGUGGUGGGGGGAGAUGGAGAGGAUAGAGACGUGCAACAGAAGGAACAAGAGCAGCAGCAGCAGCCGCCACCAAACCCCACCCACCAACAGCAGUCACAGCAGGAGCAACAGCAGCAGUCGCAGCAGCAGCAAUCACAGCAGCAAUCACAGCAGCAGCAGCAGCAGCAAUCGCAGCAGCAGCAGCGCGUGCUAAGGAGUGUGCUGGGGCAGGGCCUUGGCGCCCUGAGACGAGUGCUGGGCGGGGCAGGUCGAGAGGGAGCAGCACGGGUGGUGGGCAACGGAGGCGGGGCAGCAAGCAGGAGUGUAGGUGGGGCGGAGGGGUGUGGGGCGGGUGGAGCAAUGAGGUCCAGUCAAGGGGGAGGCACGUCUGCCAAGGAGAGAGGCAAGGCCCUUUCAGAUGCUGUUGCUGCUGGAAAUCUGAGCUUGGAGGAAUCAAAGGAGUGGGAGAGGGUGAUGGAGGCGGAUGACGUGGCACAGCGCCACAUGGCGCCGCAAGAGGGGCUGUCGGAAGCAUAUCUGAGCGGGAGGUCGAGGAGGACAGGCAGAGAGCUCCAGCAACACUUGGGCUCGCCUCAACCGCGCGUCGCAAACAUCAACGAAGCAUUUGAAAGGCAUGGGGUCCCUGCUUCUUGCGAAAAGCAGAUUGCACGGGACGAUGGUAAUCCUCCAGCCAGCUCUUCGGGAGCAACAAAUUCCGUUCAGGUGCCUUCGCGCCGUCGGUUGCGGGAGGAGAAUGGCGCUCAAGAUGAGGAAGAUGGUGUGAAUCCUCGUCGCGUUCGCGACCCCAGCCCGUCGCCUUCGCUCCGCCCGUCGCCUUCACUCCCCCCCCUCCCCCCCCUCUUCCGUUGCCUUCAUUUCCCCCUCCCCUCGCCUUCACUUCCCCCUCCCGUCGCCUUCAUUUCCCCCUCCCGUCGCCUUCAUUUCCCCCUCCCGUCGCCUUCAUAUCCCCCUCCCGUCGCCCUCACUUCCUCUCCCGUUGCCUUUAUUUCCCCCUCCCGUCGCCUUCACUUCCCCCUCUCGUCGCCUUCAUUUCCCCCUCCCGUCGCCUUCAUUUCCCCCUCCCGUCGCCUUCAUUUCCCCCUCCCGUCGCCCUCAUAUCCCCCUCCCGUCGCCCUCACUUCCUCUCCCGUUGCCUUUAUUUCCCCCUCCCGUCGCCUUCACUUCCCCCUCCUGUCGCCUUCAUUUCCCCCUCCCGUCGCCUUCAUUUCCCCCUAUAUCCCCCUCCCGUCGCCCUCACUUCCUCUCCCGUUGCCUUUAUUUCCCCCUCCCGUCGCCUUCACUUCCCCCUCUCGUCGCCUUCAUUUCCCCCUCCCGUCGCCUUCAUUUCCCCCUCCCGUCGCCUUCACUUCCCCCUCUCGUCGCCUUCAUUUCCCCCUCCCGUCGCCUUCAUUUCCCCCUCCCGUCGCCUUCAUUUCCCCCUCCCGUCGCCCUCAUAUCCCCCUCCCGUCGCCCUCACUUCCUCUCCCGUUGCCUUUAUUUCCCCCUCCCGUCGCCUUCACUUCUCCCCUCCGAUGCCUUCGAUUCCCCCUCCCGUCGCCUUCCACGCCUGCCGCACUCGCUUUCCCGCCCGUCACACUCGCUUCCCCACCCGUCACCUUCACUUCCCCUCCCAUUGCCUUUCACUCUCUCCUGCUCCCUCUCUUUCCCCCUGCUCACUCUCUCCCCCCCCCACUCACUCUCUUUCCCCCUGCUCACUCGCUUCCCCCCGCCUCAUUCUCUUUCCCUCUGCUCACUCCUCUUGUUCUCACCCCGCUUUCCCCAUUUCUCACCCAUUUUCCCCCUUCACGCUCUCUUUCUCUCUCUCCCCCCGUCGCCCUCCCUUCCACUCCUCGUUGCCCUUGCCAUCCCUCCCUUCUCCCUUCCCAUCUCGCACACUUGUCACGCCCCCUUUCCAACCCGCACAUACACCCUUCCCUUCUUCCCUGUUUCCCCGUAUCCCCUGCGCUGCUUCCUCCUCCGACUUGCUCCCCCCCAUCCCCUUCCCUGCUUCCCCCUUCCCCUCCCCUGCCUCCCCCCAUCCCCUUCCCUGCUUCCCCCCAUCCCCUUCCCUGCUCCCCCCCAUCUCCAUCCCUGCUUCCCCCCAUCUCCUUCCCUGCUUCCCCCAUCGCCUUCCCUCCUUCCGCCUGUGCCCUCCCCUGCCUCCCCCCAUCCGCUUCCCUGCUUCCCCCCUUUCCCUUCACUGCUCCCCCUCAUCCCCUUCCCUGCUUCCCCCCAUCUCCUUCCCUGCUUCCCCCCAUCCCCUUCCCUCCUUCCCCCCAUCCCCUUCCCUGCUCCCCCUCAUCCCCAUCCCUGCUUCCCCCCAUCGCUUCCCCCCAUCCCCUUCCCUGCUUCCCCCCAUCGCUUCCCCCCAUCCCCUUCCCUGCUUCCCCCCAUCUCCUUCCCUGCUUCCCCCCAUCCCCUUCCCUCCUUCCCCCCAUCCCCUUCCCUGCUCCCCCUCAUCCCCAUCCCUGCUUCCCCCCAUCACUUCCCCCCAUCCCCUUCCCUGCUUCCCCCCAUCCCCUUCCCUCCUUCCCCCCAUCCCCUUCCCUGCUCCCCCUCAUCCCCAUCCCUGCUUCCCCCCAUCUCCUUCCCUGCUUCCCCCAUCGCCUUCCCUCCUUCCGCCUGUGCCCUCCCCUGCCUCCCCCCAUCCGCUUCCCUGCUUCCCCCCUUUCCCUUCACUGCUCCCCCUCAUCCCCUUCCCUGCUUCCCCCCAUCUCCUUCCCUGCUUCCCCCCAUCCCCUUCCCUCCUUCCCCCCAUCCCCUUCCCUGCUCCCCCUCAUCCCCAUCCCUGCUUCCCCCCAUCGCUUCCCCCCAUCCCCUUCCCUGCUUCCCCCCAUCGCUUCCCCCCAUCCCCUUCCCUGCUUCCCCCCAUCUCCUUCCCUGCUUCCCCCCAUCCCCUUCCCUCCUUCCCCCCAUCCCCUUCCCUGCUCCCCCUCAUCCCCAUCCCUGCUUCCCCCCAUCGCUUCCCCCCAUCCCCUUCCCUGCUUCCCCCCAUCCCCUUCCCUCCUUCCCCCCAUCCCCUUCCCUGCUCCCCCUCAUCCCCAUCCCUGCUUCCCCCCAUCUCCUUCCCUGCUUCCCCCCAUCCCCUUCCCUCCUUCCGCCUGUGCCCUCCCCUGCUUCCCCCCUUCCCCUUCACUGCUCCCCCUCAUCCCCUUCCCUGCUUCCCCCCAUCUCCUUCCCUGCUUCCCCCCAUCCCCUUCCCUCCUUCCGCCUGUGCCCUCCCCUGCCUCCCCCCAUCCCCUUCCCUGCUUCCCCCCUUCCCCUUCACUGCUCCCCCCGGUCCCCUUCCCUCCUUCCCCCCGUCCCCUCCCCUGCCUCCCCCCAUCCCCUUCACUGCUUCUUCCCAACCCCUUCCCUGCUUCCCCCCAUCCCCUUCACUGCUUUCCCCCUUAA